AUGUUGGAAGACCAGCCUUGUUUGGUUUCAAGGGACUACCUGAUGACCUGCAAGCAAGAAAGCAACUGGCCUUGCAUGAGUUAUAGGGUGGAAAAAAUCGAAGCUCAUGGUGGCAAGCGACUGUUAGAAACUAAUGGGGAAGAAGAAGGUGCUAGAAAGGCAUCUAAGCGGUCGAGUGAUCAUUUGGAUACAGCUUUGUCAAUUGGUGGAAUUCUAAUGUUAACUUCUAACCAAUCUGGUAAUCAGCGGCAUGCAGGGGAUAACUCUGAUUCCAGUUCCCUAAUUCCUGCUAUUGGUCCUGACAACUCCAUUAGUUGUCUUAUUCGGUGCUCGAGAUCUGAUUAUGGUGCUAUUGCAUCUUUGAACCGGAGCUUUCGCUCACUUAUUAGAAGUGGUGAGCUCUAUAAAUUAAGGCGGAAAAAUGGUGUGGUUGAGCACUGGGUUUAUUUUGCUUGCCAGCUGCUUGAAUGGGAAGCCUUUGACCCAAGUCGUCGCCAUUGGAUGCGAUUACCGAGAAUGGAUCCCAAUGAUUGUUUUGUCUUUUCCGAUAAGGAAUCUUUGGCUGUCGGCACCGAGCUUCUUGUUUUUGGGAAGGAUCUCAUGUCUCAUAUCAUAUAUCGAUACAGUUUGUUAACAAAUUUGUGGUCGUCUGGCAUGAGCAUGAACUCCCCUAGGUGUUUGUUUGGUUCGGCCAGCCUUGGUGAGAUUGCAAUUUUAGCUGGUGGUUGUGAUGCUCAUGGUAAUAUCUUCAGUUCUGCAGAGCUCUACAAUUCAGAAACGGGAGCUUGGAGGACACUCCGAAGUAUGAAUAAACCAAGGAAGAUGUGUUCCGCGGUAUUCAUGGAUGGAAAAUUUUAUGUUGUUGGAGGAAUAGGAGGGACUGAUUCAAAAGUUCUUACAUGUGGAGAGGAAUACAAUUUGGAAACCGAAACUUGGACUGAAAUUCCCAACAUGUCCCCUGUGCGGAUGGGCGCAGCAGGGGAAUUCGAUGCACUGGCUACAUCUGUAGCACCACCUUUGAUUGCUGUCGUAAAUAAUGAGUUGUAUGCGGCUGAUUAUGCUGACAUGGAGGUGAGAAAAUAUAACAAGGAUAACAGAGAGUGGGUUACCGUAGGAAGAUUGCCAGAACGAGCAGCUUCAAUGAAUGGUUGGGGUUUGGCAUUUAGGGCAUGCGGAGAUAGGCUUAUUGUUAUUGGGGGGCCUCGGACAGUAGGUGAAGGAUAUAUUGAAGUAAACUCUUGGGUUCCGAGUGAAGGUCCACCUCAGUGGGAUUUGCUCGGCCUGGUACCGUGUGCACUCAAUGGUGUUUCUUGUGCUGAUGAUAAAAAGUUGCUUCCAGGAAGCUCAGGAUUCAUGCUAAUGGGCUUUAGCAAUGAUGUUGAUUGUUUUAUAACUCGUGCACGUGCGAUAGAAUAA